UGUGGGGGCUUCGCGGUCGGUUUCAUUCAGUUCGCCCGAUGGAGUAGCGCUGCCUUGUCAGUUUUCUCCGUGUCCGUGGGCCUCAGGAAAGGCGUCGUUAUAGACUCGUUCUUUGCGUGGCGGCGGGAAGCCGCUCAGCUUUUGCUGUGGUCUCGGCGGGUGAGGAGGCUGACGAGGGCCGCGGCUUUUUCCAGUUUUGAGAGGCAGGCGUUAAAACGGAACAAAACAGUCAGUAUUUGGACUGGACUCACUUUAUCUGUCUACCAUGGGAUGAAAUUGUUUGCGAAUGAGAAAUAGAGCACGAAGAAUGCUUUCCCCUUGAACUUCAGAGUACACGCAAACCUCGGGGCGGAGAUGCUGAUGAUGCACUAGCUACCUUCCUUUCCUGGAUCCAAAAUGUCAAAGGAACUGGAGACUUCACUUUCCUUAUCUGAUUGUCUCUGCAAUAUUUGCAUGGAAAUUUUUCUGGAACCCGUCACAUUGCCAUGCCAGCACACUCUCUGCAAUCCCUGUUUCCAGCUCACAGUAGAGAAGGCCAGCUUGUGCUGUCCUUUCUGCCGUCGCCGAGUCUCUUCUUGGGCACGUUAUAAUGCCCGUAAGAACACUCUUAUUAAUUUGAAAUUAUGGGAAGCAAUUCAGAAGUAUUUCCCAGAAGAAUGCAAACGUAGAAUUAAUGGUCAGGACCAAGAAGAAGAAGAUGUAUGCAUUCCUCAGCCAAUACGUUGCUUAAGUAAGCCUGGAGAAUUAAGACAGGAGUAUGAAGCUGAAAUUACUAAGGUGGAGGAAGAGCGACGGGCUAAUGAACAAGAGGAGAGUAAAGCAAGUGAAGAGUAUAUUCAAAAGCUAUUAGCAGAAGAAGAAGAGCAGCAGAGGCUAGCAGAAGAAAAGAAAAAACAGAUGGCAGAACAAUUAUUACUAGAUGAAAGAUUGGCCAGGGAACUGAGUGUGAAUCUGAACAGCUCCAGUGAGGGGCAUAUACUCAGCAGUCUAUCACCUGGCCCAUCCCCCUUGAAUUCCUGCAAAACAUCAAAGAGUAAAUCAGUUUGUUCUGGGGACAUUAAAAAGUAUUUGUCUCCAAAAUCUUGUACUCCUUCACCUUCAAUGGUACUUUUCAACAAAUUAGAGGAAGAAAGCAGUGGUUUUUCCCCUGAGGAAAUCAGCAGUGCUAAAAACAGUUUUAUAUGUGGAGAAGAAGGGAGAGAAGAUGAGAUGCCCACACUGAUUCCACAAAUAUCAAUCAAGGACAGAGAUAACAAAGAUGAUUUUUUAGAACCAUUAAAGCCACAAUUAAAUAUGUAUACUAAAGAUGAAACUACUACGCUCAGCUUGGAUCUUACUUACCUUUCUACUUACCAAGGAAAUGAACUUGCCAAUGAACUUUCCCAUGUUGCAUGCAGGGAUGACACUGAGCUAGUGAGUCCUUUUUCAAAUAGAGAGCCAGCUGUUUCUAACUUUGAAAAUAACAAGUUUGUAAGAAAUAUGCACUUGACAAAACCUGCAAAAGAUGGCACUCUUCAGAAAACACUAAUUUCUGUGAUAUCUGGUAACCAGCAGAACAGCAGCAGUGCAGACUGCAGCUUAGUGAUGGAAAACAGUCCAGUUGGAAAUAUAAACCCUAGUGGAUCUCUGAUAGAAAUCUCUUUAGCAAAGAGAAAAUGUCAAGAAUCAUCCCCUGAAGCAGCAGUCAAUUCACACUUGAAGGAUAAAAGGAGAAGAACUUUCUGUCAUACUGCUGAAGAGGAGGAAGAAGAGAUGAAUGAGAUACAACAGCAGACGAGUUUGGAGCAGAAAUUUUAUGAAAGGUUUAAGCAAGAACAGGAGGAUAGACUUCUGGCUCUGAAGCUUCAGAAGGAAAUGGACAAAGAAGAGAAGACUCCAAAUCGCAAAAAAGGCUCUCCAGAUGAGUACCAUUUGCGCCCUAAAACAUCUCAGUCAGGAUCUGCAUCUCCAGUUUCUUGCAAGCUAUUGCAGAACUCACAGCCUCCAAACAAGAAGACUGAAGCAGAUCAACGCAAACAUCGUAGAAGCUCCCCAAAUGAGAACAGUAAGCUUUCUAAUAAACGCCAACCAAAGUCACCUGGUAUAAAAGGAGGAAAAGUUUUGAACUGUGUACUCAACAGUUCAGACUCAAAGGAGGCAGAACUGCUGCCAAACAAGCAAAAAACUAUCCUUCAGAUGUUUAAGAGGUCUGCUGCAAAGUAGAGGACAUAUGAAGACUCUGUGGCAUUGAUGGGAAUGAAUUCUCUGUUUAAAAUCUAACUGGAUUAAGCAAUUGUGGAGGGAUUAAGCACUUUCAGAACUAACACUCAUUGGCUCGGAACAAACUGUACCUGGGUUUUAUUCCUAUUUGCUUUUACUGCCUUUUGUGUUAUCAGAGUACUUUAACUCACAAGUGUGGUAACAGGUUAUUUGGACUGUCAGGAGACCAGGGUAUGUAUUACCUCAUGGUAAACUGUUUUAUGUUAGAAUAAAUUGCCAAAGCAACUUCUGAUUCUCUCUUCUCCUCAUUCUCCAUGCACAAGAGUAGUAAGUAAAUAAGUGGAAAAGGUUAAAUUGGACUGAAAGAUUAUACUUGGAGGUAGUACACCUGUGCCCCUGCUCUUGUUGAUUAGUUUCCACCUUCAUGUUCACAAGCAGUUUAAUAAGUGGAUAU